AUGAACACCCGCCCGCCUAUAGAGACGGCGCCCACGACUGUGGUGCUAUCCGCGUCAUUCAACAGCGAUGCUAGCUGCUUCUCCGUUGGUCUCAAUUCAGGAAUAUGCAGUAAGUCGUGGUUGGCUGGUCGAGACAAGGACGUGCCCCUGACAGCGUGCAGUCUUCCACACCAAGUCAUGCCUUCUCAAGGCAUCGAGAGGUUUGCGCACACUAUUCCCAUGAUCAGCACGAUGAUGAAGCUAAAGCCCCAACCAGACUUCAAUGCCGGCAUCGGUCUUGUUGAGAUGAUGGGUACGACGAACUACCUCGCUCUCGUUGGUGGCGGCAGACAACCAAAGUUCAGCACCAGCAAAACUAUCAUAUGGGACGAUAUGAAAGGGAGAGUCGCAAUAGAGAUCGCCUCUUUAACUCCAGUGCGCGGCGUUCGCAUCGGCCGCAAUCGAAUUGUCGUUGCGCUUCAGAACAGCGUUCGUGUCUACUCGUUUGCGAAGCCGCCCGACCUCCAGUCGGUGUAUGAGACCACUGACAAUCCUCUCGGUCUUGUUGCCAUGUCGGACAAGACGAUUGCUUUCCCGGGUAGAACGGUGGGCCAGAUCCAACUUGUCGAUAUCGGCACUGGUAACGUCAGCAUUAUUCCGGCUCACUCAUCUGCUCUCCGAGCCAUCCAAUUGAGCCCGGAUGGCGAGCUUUUGGCCACAGCAAGUGAAACGGGCACUUUAAUCAGGGUAUUCGCAACCAGCAAUUGUGCCCGCUUGGCCGAGCUCAGACGAGGCGUCGAUCCCGCAACCAUCUUCUCUCUCGGCUUCAGCCCCGAAGGAACGAAACUGGCUUGCACAUCAGACAAGUCGACCCUGCACGUGUUCGACGUUCCACAUCCCAAGAAGCCCAUGACCGCGCCGACGAGCCCAACGGCAUCGCAGAUGGCAGGGUCAGGCAUCCUCGCGGGCCGGCCGGCUGACGACGGCAAGGGGCGAUGGGGUUUCCUAGGGAAGAUUCCCUUGAUGCCGCGGAUGUUUUCAGACGUAUACUCCUUCGCGUCUGCACCAUUUGAGGCUGGCGAUGACCCCUUGAUCGGCGGGUUGCCCAUAUCAGACCAGACGACGCUCGGGACGACAAGGCCCCAAAAAGGCGUCAUCGGAUGGAUCACCGAAGAUAGUCUAGUAGUUAUUGGCGCCGGACAAGACGCCAGGUGGGAGAAGUUCGUGAUAUCCAAGGGGGAAGAUGGACGCCGGUACGUUGUGCGAGAAGGUUGGAAGAGAUAUCUGGGUAGCGCAUCAUGA